UUUCCCUCCCGCAUGCAUCUCCUCUCCUCUUCAUUUGUUGAUCAUCUUCACAGAUCUACGACCUUAAACUUCUUCUACCAGGACGUGUAUCUCAUGGCGAUCGUCCAUUGUUGGGUAUGGAAGAAAACGAAGAUGAUUUCUUCUCCGACGAUGGCUUUGACGACCUGCCACCGGGCACACUCUACCAACUCGAACAGAACGCUUAUCGUGCCACGCAGGCCCCAAGCCAGCUCCAGCAGCAGCCCCUGCCUGAGUUGACAGCCUCUUCUCGUCCCUAUACUCGGCCCCAUCAUGCCAUCAUCUCCGGAGACAAUCUCGGGGCAUCAAAUGCGGCCCUGCAACCCCCACCGCGUCUACAUACUGGGUUGACCAAUGAUUACGACGACUGGGACAUUGGCGAGCUCGACGCGGAGGUUCUGGAGGACGGCGUCGCUAUACAAUCGGACAAUGUGCUCAAACAAGCCUCUGCCUUUGCUACACCCGCUCAUCACGGUGACCCUCUUCCUCACGCUGAAAAUAACGACUUCCGAGCCGAUGCGGAUGACGAAUAUGGAUACCUUCCUGAUCCUAUGGAGAUUGAGGGAAUGGAUUUGGGAGGGUCCUCUCAAUUUGCUGAGCUACAUAGGACUCACGCCGAAUUGAGCGAGAAGCUGGCAAUGGAGAAUAAACGCUACAAACAAUUGCUAGACGAGCUGACCGCAGCCAAAUCGAUGGCGGAAACGAAGACUGGCGAAAUUGCUAUUAUCCGAGCCAACCAAGCGAAAGUCACUCACGACUAUGAUCGACAGAUGACAGCCCUGCGCAAGGCGAUGGCCGAGCAGGCCGCAAGACACAGAGAAGAGGUUGAAGCUGCGCGUGCUGAGGGGAAGAUGCUUGCCACAGAGAACGCCUUCCUCAAACAAGAUUUGGCCGAGGAAGCGAUGCGCAUUAACCAACUGAAGGCGAAAGCUCGAGUCGAGGAAAAAGCGCCACCAAUGACUCCCAAGAAAACCAGAGUCCUGCCAUUCCGAGACGGAUUCGACGACGAUGAGAUUCUCGCCAUUUCACCCAGCAAAUCGGCGAAAUCGAAGCGAGCCACGCCGACCGUGCCUGGAAAGAGAAAGAGGAAGCUCAGUCAAGGCAGCCCGACACCGCUACAAUUGAGUCCGCAGGCUGAGCCUCCACCGAUUGAGCCACCGGAAGACUUGUCGGAUGAUGAAAUGGUCGAUGUCCCGCCGGAACAGAUUACACCGGAUGUCAAGAAUUUUGACAGCAGCAUCGUGAAGCGUAUCUUGAACCAUCGGACAAUCCCCGGGGGAAGCCCCGACAUCGAGAUUAUGGCUGGACUCGCGUUUCCCUCCGAUCCUGAGCAGAUGUUAUCCACGGCCCUAUUGGGCGAGACUGCAAAGCUUGACUUUGGCAACUACAUGGUGGAAUAUGCUCGGGCCAUUACCUCCCUGUGGGGACGUGCAUUGAGCGAGAAAUAUUAUCUCCCUAUCCCGAUGUUCAUGUCAAUCAUGGGGCUCCUUAUUUCGAUGAAUGUGCAAUCGCAUGAUUCGGAUCUAGUUGAGCACUUAGUGCCCAUCCUACAGGAGUCCGGAGACAUCAACGGCGUGCCCCGGUUUAAACAUUCUCCUGUGUCGCGACCGAACCUUGGCCAGGUACGGAAGACCCCGUUGUCAGAACUGGAACCGCUUGUAGAUUCCACGGAAGCAAUGAGUCUCCUGUUUCAAAUGGCCUGUCACCGUAUGCAUGUGGAGCGGGAGAUGGCGACAUUCUGGCGAUGCAUGCGCUACGACUUUGUUUUGAUGAUGUUGAACUGCUCGCAACCACUCAAAGACAUCAGCUUGAUGCUUGGCCUGUUGUCGACUAGCAUCCGUGAAGGCUCGUUCGGGUCGAUUCUAGGCACGGAGCAGGACCAAACCGCCAAUGAGAACUACAUCGUAGACCGCGUUGCGAACCUGCUCAGCGAGACUCCUCAGCUCGAUGAAGGGCAAGACCCGUACCUGCCACGGGAAGUCUGCAGUAUGCGGCAGGAGGCGUUGUCUUUUUUGACUACGGUGGCAUUCAAUUCUAAGGCGCCGGAUAGUACACACGGCAGCUUGACCCUGGCGUCCCAUCCAACCGUGCUCGCUCGGUUGAUCCGGUCGAUGCACGAUGAGAUGCACGCGUUAUACACCUCACCACCCGAGAAGGAUGUCCACGCGUCGAUGGUGAAUGGGCUGAUGAGGCUUGUGUACGGGGUGAUCCAGCGACACCGUGAGCAGGUGGAUCUACAGGCGAAAUUGUGUCGCGUGGCCGGUGGGAAGCAGAAAUUCCUGGUUGUUUUGACCCGACUGGCGUUCAGCGAAGGAGUGAUGCUCGAAGCGGGCAUCACAGAUGACACGGUGGAAAUGGCGCAUGAAAUUCUUGAUGAUGCGGUGAAUCCGCAGGAAGCGGAGGCAUUGCUGGAGGCAUUCCCAAAUGCCAACCGGGAGGGAGACUGAUAGGGGCAAGGAUGACGGAAUGUAGAAAACACUAUGUGUCACGAGUAAUGAAGCACGAAUGCACCACGAAUGCAUAUCUUUUGGGUUACACCUUGAAAAAGGGAG